UGUCAAGAAGUGUACUAAGCAGCAUGUUGUUCUCGGUGUUAGUGGUAGCCUUUCUACACUGUACCUUCGCAGAUCCUGAAUUCAGAAGAAUUGGAGGUGACCUUGACCUUGAUAUUCAGCUCCCUCCUUUUGAGUUCCUGUACGUGGUCAGCCCUCAUCAUACACCUUUAUGUACAAUAAUCAAAGUUAACGACACGGUGAAAGUAUAUCCUGGUCACCAGAAGCUUCGAUGCAGACAUUCCACCGAGAUGGGAAAAGUUGGGAUGUCUUUGACCAACAUAACCAGUGAGGAUGCGGGGCCAUAUGAUUGGUCCGUGGGCUCAAUGCUGAAUACCAGCGGCACGCUGCUGAUGCUGUUUGUGACGGACACCCCAACUACCCCAACUAUACGCCUUCCAAAACCCCCUGUUGUCGGUCAACAAGCCACUCUCAUAUGCAAGUCAAAUUCAACAACCAGACCUGCGACCCAUCCUUUGGUAAUGAGAUACCAGUGGCUUCAGGACAACCAGCCACUUAGUAACAACAGCAUCGUCGGUAUUGCUGGUGACUCCUUGAUCAUAAAACGUGUCAAGAACCGUCGACAACAGCAGUAUCAAUGCUUGGCAAAAGAAGCACAGUCUGAAUCUAUUCUGGCGACACUGAAGUUCAGUCCCGAAUAUGGACCAUACCACCUUGAUGUCAAUGUUUCUGGGAAAGCGAGACCUGUGGAGGGUUCCAGCCUGUGUGUGUCGUGUGUUGCUGACUGCAAACCAAGUUGCCAAUAUAUGUGGCUGCGGAAGGACAACGAACUGCAUGGCACAGACUCAGGGGUGAUGGUACUGACACCGGUUAGAAGGAGCCAGAGUGGGUACUAUAGUUGCAAAGCUUCCAAUCGCCAUGGCGAGCUGGAAAAACAAGUCCAGGUGGAUGUUCAGUAUCAACCAAAUAUUAUGAAAGGAACAACCUUUACUCGGACACAAACAAUCAACGAGGGUCAACAGGUUGACAUUAGAUGUGAUGUGGACAGCAACCCAGCGCCAACCAUCACAUGGCUGAAAGAUGAUAUCGUAGUGAAGCGGAACGUCCUCGACGGUGAUGUACCAAGCAUUAAUGGAGUCAAGAACAUCUUCAGAAACAUCUUCACAAAGGAGAGAGCAGUGUGUGACGAUGGCGGUCUGUACAGAUGUCACGCCAAGAAUGGUGUUGGAAAUGAAACGGAAGAAACUGUUACUCUGUGUGUGAAAUGUUCUGUGCGCACGGACGGUGACCAUGAUCGAUCAUUCAUUACUCCGACAGGAACAAGUCUGAAUGUCACUCUACAUGUCAUCGCUUAUCCAAAGCCGAAACUUAUUGGGUGGGAGCAUAUUGUGGGUGACAAUGCGGUCGAGGUCAACUCACAUGGGUACAUCAUGACGUAUGUUGCCAAGCCAAAGAAAUUUGAACACAGUUUGAUUUUAACACAUAUUGACAUGACGGACAAUAACCAAGGGGAAUACAGGACAGAAAUAACCAAUCGUGUUGGGAGUAGCCUUGAGUACAGAUACAAUAUUACUAUUCAAGUUCCUCCCAAGGUGCCCAAGGAAUUGACAGUCACCAUGGUGGGAGGGACCUAUGUUGGUAUCUUGUGGAAGGCAGGAUUUAAUGGCCAUGCCAUACAACACUUUGAAAUUUCAUUCAAAUAUGCACGAGCACCUGAGGAGCAACCCUGGACAGUAGACCCGACCAUCAUCAGCGAAGACACCACUCACGUAAACCUCAGUGGUCUAGACGAAGGUACUACGUACCGGAUCCGCAUACGUGCUCGGAACAACAUUGGAACAAGCGGUUACGCCAACAUUCUGAAUUUUAAGACACUGGGAGGAGGACAAACAACAGGACGAGCACUGUCGGAUCUCACAUCUGAUGAAAAUACUAUAAUGAAAGACAAUGAGACAUCAUUCCCUGGGUUCCAUCCUGAAUCACAUGGUUCUCGUAUCACUGGCAUCGUGUUCGCUCUCAUAGGAACAUCUACGGUGUUCCUAAUGGUUUGGUUUUUCUUAUUUAAAGGGCCGUUAAAGCGUAUGCUGAUGCGCCUCGGUGGUACCAUGGACCAGCACACACGGAUGAGUGUAGAGGAAAACACGUAUGAGUUGCGGACACCACGCGAAUGUGGCUCUCAUGGAGGGGAUGAUGAUGGCGAAAUCGCUGGAUGCUCUUCACGGCAGAGUGAACACAUCUAUGAUGUACCUGGCGUGAUGGAGGGGGCAGACCAUGCCGUGCCUCCUGUGUACUUGACGACAACAUCAGGAAGAUGCAGUAAACUGGAACAGCCCCGUCAGAGGACGACUUGUGAAUUUUAGUUUUAACGUCCCGUAAUUUGAGACAUUCCUAGUUUAAGCCACAUUGACUGGCCGUGGUAUUACUGAAGCACUGUAGAAUCAGUUCAAACUGUCGUUAAACCACACUCAUGUAUAUAAUUUCACUUACCACUUAAUACAGUAAUAAUUACUCUGUAUAUUAAUUUUUUUAUUGCUUCCCCGAUAUUGGCAAAACCGUCGGGUCCAUAUCUGACAGGAUCAGUCAGAUAAGGGCGUAUCGGGAUGGUACGGGACAAGAUAUGUAAAGGAGAGGGUGAUAAUCUCUACAUAUUACACAUACUGGUUAAAGCGUUCGAAUAUCACGUCGAUGACCCGGUUCGAUUCCCCACAUGGCUACGAUGUGUGAAGCCAAUCUCUGGUGUCCAACGCCGUGAUAUUGUUGGAAUAUUCCUAAAAGUGUCGUAAAACAAACUCACUCACUCACUCACUUCAUCCCACGUUGUACUGAAAGUGUAAAGUAUUACUCAUUUCAAAGUAUUAUAUACAUUUGAUAACAAUAUCAUCAUUUCAAAUUGAGUUUCGAAUACAUGUAUGUCUACUGACCUCAUCCACGAAAUGUUUCCGUGUACAUAAAGGUUCGAAAUAAAAUGUGCUAAUAACAGAAACUGAUAGCUUCCUGUAAGAUUUGCUAUCAUUUACUUAGACUCAUGUUUACUUAAACGAUAUUUAUGUCUAAUAAUAAUAAUUAAAAUAUUUGGUUUUCUAAAAUUG